AAGGUUUUCAGUCAUAGAGAGAAAAAAAAAACAUAAGAGUAUGAAGAAGAAGAAGAGUAAACGAGAGAACUUGCUUUCUCCUUCAUCUUCAUGGCGAGAAAACCAUAACCCUCCUCGGAGAAACUCAAACUCCUCCGCCGUCUCCUCCUCCUCCGGCUGCCUCCCCGGAUUCUUCAACCUCUUCCUCUGCACCUUUAACUUCUCCUCAAACCGCCGCAAAUCCAUCACCUUAGGAUCCAAGAAACAACAAGAGCAAAGAACUGUCGUCUACGCUUCUCCUCCAGAAGAUGAUGCAUCAAACGGCGAGCCGCCGCUUCCACGCGAUGAAGGAGUGGAUGAAGAAGCAGCGAGGGUGAGUCUUGUGGGAGCGUUGGAGAAAUGCGAUCGUGACUUAGAGGAGCUUCGGAAAACCAUCAACGUUCUCAAAACCACUUACAUUCUUAAUAACAAGAAACUUGAGGUUUCACCAGCGACGGCGCGUGAUGAUUAUCUCAAAUUCUCCGACACCGUGACAGGAGAUGCCGUCGUGGGGACGCAAACGAAUAAGAACACAAAGACGACACUACAUCAAACGGACACUGACACAACAAUGUUGUCUACGAUGAUGAAGGAUCACGAGUACAAAGACAACACAACCUACAAAGUCAACCACAUUAAUCUAAUCUCUAGACCCAACCAUUACGCCAUGCACGACGUCAUCUCCAACAGAGCAACGACAGAGUCACGUGACACGGCGCCAAUUAUGGAAAGCGUGAACCAGGUUUGUGAGGACGUAGCAUCUGGUCAACGAAGAGAAGUGGCUAAGAUCGGUUUGGCACUUCAUGACCAUAUCUGUCGGGACUUGAUUUCGGAGACCGUUCACGAACUAUCAUUGUUCUCUCACUACGACGAGGAUGACAUGUGUCAUAAGUUGACGGUGGAUUGUUACGGACGAGGAGGUGGACGUGGACACGUCAGACGUGGAAGUACCAAUUCACUUCCGCUCGACGCAUGUAGAAGAAGAUUAGUGUUCUGAUAUUGUGAUCGAUCUUUGAAGUUCUUUGUAUGUCUUAAUUAGUCAUAUGACAGUUUUCACCGAUAACACGUUUUGUAGCUCAUAUUUUCUAAUUUUCUUGGACUAAUCCUUCAUAUAUUAAUUGA